CCCAAUUGUGGCGGGACAGCGUGGGCAGCAGAGAAGUGGAAGAGGGUCUGUGAGUAUCCGAAGCUGACCGUGGUUGUGAGUGUCUGUUACUGAAGGGAGGGUUACAGGCAGCUGAGGAGGGCUUCUCAGCAGCAUUUGAGGCUUUCCCUGUUUUGGGAUCCAUGGGAGUACUGGGUGGGACUGGAACCUGUUUGAGUUUGUCAAACAUCCUGUGGAUGUCACGUGACAAGUACGAGUGUGAGUCAAGGGAGGAUCCUUUGUUGUGGGGCAGGAAGGUGUGGGAGUUCAUCUGUGGGGUCUGAAGACGUGAGAGUGGUAGAGUCUACAGAAUCCUGUACACGUGGAGGGGAAGUGUGAGCUAAGGGCCUCAGCGCCCUGGUACUGAAGACUUCCUGGUAAGGCAGGGCCUAUAAUUGGCUGUCUUGAGGGCACAACGUGGGAGACUCCAUGGGAAUACCGUGGCAGGGGGAUGACCUUGCAGGCCAGACCCAGAGCUUAGAGUGCAUCCAUGUGUCCCCCUGCCUGUUGCUCCUGAGGACUGAACACAGUGAUUGAUGGGAAGGUGAGAGGAGCGUGGCAUUAGAGGCCCCAGGACCUGGUGUUUAUUCUGAGGCGGGGAGCUGGGGUGGAUGUUGGGGGGUUGGAUUGUGGGUUCUCAGAGGAUGUUCAUGAUUUCAUCUGUCUGUUUCAUGAAAGGGUGGUGUGACCUUUGAGGACAUUGCCGUGUACUUCUCCUGGAAGGAGUGGAGGCUUCUUGAUGAGGCUCAGAGACGGCUCUACCACCAUGUGAUGCUGGAGAACUUUACACUUAUAUCCUCACUGGGUUGCUGCUGUGGAGCAGAGGAUGAGGCACCCUUUGCCCAGAGCACUUCUGUAGGCGUGUCACAGACCAGGACGCCCAAGGCAGCUCAGUCUUCGCGGAAGACCCACCCCUGUGAGAUGUGUGGUCCAGUCCUGAGAGACAUUUUCCACUUGUCUGCGCACCAGGGAAAAGAAAACAGCCAGAAACUGUUGAGGUGUGGGGCCUGUGGGAAACGAUUUUAUUUCAGUGUAAAGUUUCAGCAGCAGCAGGAGCAGCACGUGGCAGCAGAACCCUCCAGAAGCCGUGUGGACAGGGCCUCUGUUGUGAAGAGCUGGGGAUUCCAUGGUUCAGGAAAGCCCCUUACCUGUGGAGAAGUUCGGAAGGACUUCCUGUCUGGCUCGGGGCAUCUGCAGCAAGAGGCCACUGAUACUGGGGAGAAGCCACACACGAUCACCCAGCGCAGGGCAACUUUACAAGGCAGAAAAAGUCAUGACACCUGGGGAGAAUGCAAGAACACCUUUGGUCCCAAACACACACAUAAUCGGGAGCAGGGUGUCCACCUUGGAAGACAGUCCUUUGUGUGUAGUGAAUGUGGGAAAACAUUCAGGUACAAAUCUUUAUUUGCCAUACACCAGAGAUACCAUACUGGAAGAACACACGAGUUUGGUCAAUGUGGAAAAUCGCUUAAGCAGACGCCAACGCUGAAGGAACAUGGAAAGACUCACAGUGCAUCCAGGCAGUACACGUGCAGCAAAUGUGGGAAAUCCUUAGGCCACAAAUCUGUCCUCAUUCAUCCCCAGGGAUGGCACAGUGGAGUGAAGAGUUACGUUUGCAGUGGAUGUGCAAAAGCUCUUAGCUGUAGCUCAGUGUUGAUUACUCAUAGGGUUGAGUCUGGAGAAGGGUUUUUUAAGUGUCAUGGCUGCGCAAAAUCUUUUCCCUCUAUGUCUGCCCUCUCCUAUCAUCAGAGAUCUCAUGCAGGGGAAAGACGGUAUGAGUGCGGUGACUGUGGAAAAUCUUUUACCAGUAGUUCUGCCCUCCGUUCUCACCAGAGAGUUCACACUGGUGAAAGGCCUUAUGAGUGUAAUGAAUGUGGGAAAAAUUUUACUGCUAGUUCUGCCCUCCGUCAUCAUCAGAGAGUUCACACUGGAGAACGGCCUUUUGAGUGCUGUGAAUGUGGGAAAUCUUACACUGCUCGUUCUGCCCUCCGUUCUCACCAGAGACUUCAUACUGGGGAAAGGCCUUAUGAGUGCCGUGAAUGUGGGAAAUCUUUUACUUUUAGUUCUGCCCUGUCUUCUCACCGGAGACUUCAUACUGGACAAAGGCCUUAUGAGUGCUGUGAAUGUGGGAAAUCUUACACUGCUAGUUCUACCCUCCGUUCUCACCAGAGACUUCACACUGGAGAACGUCCUUAUGAGUGUCGUGAAUGUGGGAAAUCUUUUACCAGUAGUUCUGCCCUCCGUUAUCACCAGAGACUUCACACUGGACAA